AUGCGUGCUUCAAUCAUCAUUGUCCUGGUUGUUCUGACUGCUAUCGUUGCUGCUGAUGCUCACAAGCUAGGAGGCAAUCAAGGAGGUCAGCAAGGAAGACAACAAGGUGGUCAACAAGACGGCCAGCAGGGCGGCCAGCAAGGCGCUCCUCAGGGAGUUCCUGAGGCAGGUCCAUCGGCUCCUAACAACAGCAGCUCUACUGAGGCCAGCGACGCUGACAGAAAACCACCGGGAAGUCCACCAGGUAGUCCACCGGGAAAUCCACCGGGACGGCCACCAGGAAGUCUACCAGGAAGACCACCGGGAAGUUCACCAGGAAAGCCACCAGGAAGCCCACCAGGAAGGCCACCAGGAGGACCACCAGGAAGUCCACCAAUAGGGCCACCGGGAAGCCCACCUGGAAAGCCGCCGGGACGGCCACCAGGAAGACCACCGGGAAGUCCACCAGGAAGGCCACCAGGAAGGCCACCAGGAGGACCACCAGGAGGACCACCAGGAAGUCCACCAAUAGGGCCACCGGGAAGCCCACCAGGAAGACCACCGGGAAGUCCACCAGGAAGGCCACCAGGAAAGCUACCAAGAGGGCCACCAAGAGGGCCACCAGGUAGCCCACCUGGAAGGCCACCAGGACGACCGCCAAGAAGUCCACCAGGUCGACCGCCAGGAGAACCACCAGAUGGUCCCCAUGGACCUGGACUACCUGGAAUGCCAAUCGGAAUUCCACCUGGAACUCCAUUCUGUAUUCCACCUGGACCUCCACUUUGGAUUCCACCAGGAAUUCCACUUUGGAUUCCGCCAGAGAAUCCGUUUGGAAUUACACCUGGACCUGCACUCGGAAUGCCACCAGGAAAUGCAUUUGGAAUUACGCCUGCACUUGCACUCGGAAUACCACUUGGAAAUCCAUUUGCCGGAAGUCCGCCAUUUGUGUUUGCUGGGUAG